AUGGCUGUUGAGAAAUCAUGGCCAAAACAACUGGAACCAGGUCCAGAUGGAGAUCGCUUCUUUCCCGUGCCUAUUGGCGCUGUUUGGUACCCGAAGGCUCCGGUUGAACCUCCGCGACGACUGAUCAUCCAUUUCCACGCAGGUGGCUAUGUGACCUUCGGUCCGCGUCCGGCCGAUGGUGCCAGCUGGGGCUGCAAUAGAUUUAGCGAAUACCGCCUCUCGCGGGACAAGAAUACGACGUUCUCAGCGGCACUUCAGGACGGAAUCACUGCCUACGUCUAUGCUCUGGAGAUAUUUAAAACCCCACCUUCUCAAAUCGUGCUGGCCGGCGAGUCAGCAGGCGCUAAUAUGAUUCUUGCGAUGCUGCGAUAUAUCAAGAACGAAAAUCCGGCGCUUCCUCUGCCUCGCUGUGCACUUCUGCUAUCUGCAUGGGUCGAUAUGAGCAGAAAGACCGUGGACGAUCUGCCUAAGAACCGCAAUUACAACCGCGACUAUGUCAAAUACGACUUCCUGGACUGGGGCCAGAGAGCCUUUAUACCCCCUGGAUGGGAUAGCAACAACUCUUACUUCACUUCUCUCGGGAACGAAUAUCAGCUGGGCGUUCCCGUCUUUUUCUCUGCUGGUACAUCGGAGCUCUUUUAUGAUAGUAUUAUUGAGUUCCCACUCAGAUUGAAGGAGAAUGGUAAUGAUGUUGAAGUGCAUGAAACUCCCAACUCGCCCCAUAUCCCCUUUGCACUCAACAAGGAAUUUGACCAAGAAGAGGAUGCUGCUCUUUGCCAUGCGCUUGCAACUAAGUUCAUCGAAAGAACCGGUGAAAGAGGUGUAAAGCGUCCCGGCAUGGAGUACGCUACUCUGAAGCUGAGAUUCACCCUGCGUGGUGAUCCAUGA